AGUCCGGCUCAGCAGACACGAGCGGCACAGACGGCCGGCCGCGGCCGCGCGCCUUGCACAACAACCUUUCUACUAUUCAACUCUGCUUUAUUAAUGUCACGGUCAAAGUAUUUAAAAAAUCUGCUUAUUGUGUUUUGAUUUGAUUUUGAUGAGUGUUAAUUAUCAGUAAACGUUUACAUUUCAAAACGGUUCGCGUGACAGAAAUGGCGGGAAGACGAUACGACAACGUGGUUUUACUGCUUCUCGUUUGUUUAUCGAAUACAAUAUACGGUCUCAAAUUGGAGCAAGUUCUUAUUCUGAGCAGACACAACAUCAGAACCCCGCUCACCGCGAGGCUCGAAGACACGACGCCUUACAAAUGGCCCCAGUGGAAAAACGAAGUCGGCCAUUUGACAGACAAGGGCGCUCUACUGGAGAGUUAUAUGGCCGAAUAUUUUGCCGAAUGGCUGAAUGCGACGGGCCUGCUCCCGCGAGGAUGUCCCGAAGAUGCCGACGUGUUUGUGUACGCGAACACGAAGCAACGCACGCGGGAGUCGGCGCGCGCCUUUGUCCGCGGCGCGUUCGGAAACUGCAGCCUCAGCGCUUACAGCAUCGACUCUGAGGACAUGGAUCCUGUGUUCAAUCCUGUCCUACGAGAUACUUCGGAGACAACGAAGAUAAAAAUUACAGGCGAAAUGAAACAAAAAUUGAAAGAAUUAAAGCUCGAGGCUGCUUACAAGGAAUUAAAUGAAAUCAUUGAUUUAAAAAAUUCUGAUAUUUGUCGUACAAAUAAAUUUUGUGAUUUCAGUCUAGGUGAAAAUGAGAUCGUGUACGAGAUAGGAGAGGAACCUAAUGUUGUAGGGCCGUUGGCGACGAGCAACAGCGUAAUGGAUUCAUUCAUCAUGAGUUAUUACGAAGGUAUGGCCGAUGAGGACGUGGCAUGGGGUAAAAUUACUAAACCCGAGCAGUGGGCGCUUUUGUCCACAAUAAUAAGAGAAAACCAAAACGUUCGCUUCAACAGUACCGCGCUCGCAAGGGACGUGGCCAAACCUUUACUACAGUAUAUAAAAUCAGUGUUUGAUCGUGCUCCACCUAGGAAAGUGACAGUCCUUUUCGGACACGAUUCUAAUCUGAACUCGGUGAUGUCGGCUCUGGGCUUUAAGUACUACGAGCUUCCUCAUCAGUAUGAAGCCACGCCGCCGGGAGGGAAAAUUGUUUUCCAGAAGUGGCGCGACGAGAGCACAAAUCGAUAUUUGCUAAAAAUCAAUUACGUUUAUCAGUCGACAGAUCAGAUUCGGGAAGCAUCUCGCUUGUCUCUGGGCAAGCCGCCGCUGUGGGCGCGGCUGGAGCUCAGGGACUGCGCCGCGGACGGCGACGGAUUUUGUCCUUGGAAUGAGUUUCAAAAUGUUUUGGGUGCCAUAUAAUAAUAUAUUUGUAGAUUUAAUUUAAUACAUGCAUUGCUAACAAGUCUUAAUCUUAAGUCAAAUAGUGACAUGUUAAAAAAAAUGUAGCUAGUGUUUAAAAAAAAUGUUUAUCUAACUUCUUAACGUAAUAUGAUCUUAGAGUAGCGUUUUAGAUAGUAAGGAACCAAAACUAAGCAGAAAUGUGUCUGUUUUUCUCAUGUAUCUCCUUAAAGUGAGAAAAGCGUGACACAAUUAUUUGCUGUGAAUAGAUUAAGUUUGGUAGUGAAGGUGCACUUGUAGUGCAAACGCAACACAUUGAUAGAAUUAUUAAAGAAAUAUA